AUGGCAUCCAUUACUAUCCUCGUCGCUCUCCUCCUCGUCAGCUGGACACUCAUCGCCCUCCUCAUCCUCAUCCUCGCCUUUGCUGUCUACUUCCUCAAAGACAGCUACACUUUCAAGGUCCACCUUGAACGCACACUGACUCCCCUCUCUACUACCCCCAUCGAUGAACAAGCUCUCAACUGGGCUAACAACGGCACACAAUCACCCCCUUCGCCGCCGUCACCCUCACCGUCACCAACGAACACCCCCACCUCCUACUCCUAG